GAACCCACCAAGCAGCCCUAAUACGCUGAUCCACGUCGCUUUCAACCUGAGGCUCCAUCUUCUUCCUUCUUUGCUUCUCGUAAGGACAGAUUCUUUCCGCCGUAGGUUGCUUCUAACUAGCUUUCUUUCGUCGUACGAUUUGAUUACCUGGUCGGUUUGAGUGGGUUUCCGCCUUCGUCCGCGUAACACGUUCUGGCAUCGUGCUGCUUAUUGUCAGAGUGUCGAUUGCGGACGAUACAGGAGCUCUCGUUCUUUCAUCGAUAGAUCCAGUUCUCGGAAGUUUAAUGGGAAAUGAGCGGCGUCGCGAAGUACUAGUCACUCGUGAACGCCGGCGACGACUGGUAAUCUACGGACACGAGUAGCAUGAUGGAUCCGAAUUCGAAUCGCACGACGACGGCGACGGCGACGACGACCGGUGCGGUUAAACAGCAGGACGGAACCGCGAAGGAGAACACGCAGAGCGGAAACGCGACGGCGAACGCGCAGAGCGGAAGCGCGAAGGGGAACGCGCAGAGCGGCGGAAACGCGAAGGAGGUCGUAGAGAGUGAACGCCAGGGGGGACGCGCGAUGGAGAACGCACCGGGUGAUGGGGACGCGAAGGAGGUCGGACGCGCUACGGAGAUCGCGGGCGCUAAGGCGACGAAUGUAGCAGAGGGCGGAAAGUGCGCGGAAAUCGCUCUGCGCGGUGAGGCGAAGAAGAAAUCGCGGAGCGCGACUGCGGGGAACGCGACGGCGCAAGCCGAAGGAGGCGCGAGCGCGAAGAACGACGCAAGCGACGGGAGCGGCGCGAGCGUUAGGUGCGACGCGAGCGUUACGGGAGAAGCGAGCGCGAAGGGCGACGCGAGCGUUAAGGGCGACGCGAGCGCCGCGGGGAACAUACAGGGUGGGAGCGCGAAGGAAAGCGUGCAGAGCUCGAAGGCACGAGAGAAGGGUCAGGUCGUAGCUGCACAAGGUCAGAUCGUGGCAGCAGGUCCGUCAGCCGCGCCUCCGCCUUCAACACUAGUCGAAUCAGCACAUGCGCCUGCUGCUGCUACGAAGCCUUUACCUUUGCCUUUACUUGUACCACCACCAGGGUCUGUAUCUCCUGCGUCCGCACCUUCUCCUCCUCCCCCACCUGCCAAUCAUCCCCCAGCCACCAAACUCCCCUCACCUCCCAAGCCUUCCCGGGCUUCUGCCGCGAAACCCCCGCCUCUUCCCUUGCCUCCCAGCAAACCGCCGCUGGUAUCAGCCAAGUCGCCGCCAGCAGCGCUUAAACCAAGUCCUACUGGUGCUUCAUCGCCCAAUGUUCCGACCACCAACUCGCCAGCUCUGCCUGCUAAGACCUCGUCGCCCCAGCCUCCGCCUCUUCCCUUGCCUCCUAGGCAACCGUCGCUGGUGUCAGCCAAGUCGCCGCCAGCAGCUGCACCCAAGCCAUCGCCUCCCCUAGUUCCUCCUCCUAGCGGUACAGGGAAGGCAGCUUCAGCAGCAGCAACGCCAGCAACAGCGUCAGCAGCAAAGCCAGCAGCAGCGCCAGCAGGUACACCCAAGCCAUCGCCCCCCCUUGCUCCUCCCAGCGGCACAGGGAAGGCAGCUCCAGCAUCGGCGCCGGCAGCAGCACCCAAGCCAUCAUCCCCGCCUGCCCCCAGCACCACGGGCAAAGCAGCAUGUUCAGCAGCGCCAGCAGGAGCACCACCAGCAGGAGCACCACCAGCGCCGUCAGCAGUAACAGCAAACCGCACGCCGGCCAGUGGUGCAGGUGCACAAGCAGCCGGCGCCAAUCGUACAGGUGCAGCGACGUCUCCGAAAAUCAGCCAGCCUCAGUCCACACACCCACCGCCUCUCCCUCUGCCUCCCCCUAAACCCGCCGCAACCUUCCCUAAACCUGCUGGGCCUGAGCCUGCUGCUUCUAAUUCUGCUAGUCCUGCUCCCACUGCUCCUCCUUCUACCUCCGCUCCUGCUGCCCCACCUGCUGCCUCUCCUCCCCCUGCGCCCACUGCUUCCCCUUCCGCUGCAAAAACCCCCGCUGUUUCUCGCCCUCACCUGCUGUCCAAGCCUACCAGCCCUCCUCCUGCUGCUGUGCCCGGUAAAUCUGCGCCUGCUGCUUCUCCUGCUGCUGCUCCUGCUGCCCCACCUGCUGCCUCUCCUCCCUCUGCUCCCGCUGCUUCCCCUUCUGCUGCAAAACCCCCUGCUAGCUCUCCCCCGGGUCUGCUAUCCAAACCCCCCACUAUUUCCCCCCCCGGUCCGCUGUCCAGACCAACCAGUCUCCCCCCGGGUCUGCUGUCCAAACCCACCAGCCCUCCACCUGGUCUGAUGUCCAAACCCACCAGCCCUCCACCUGGUGUGAUGUCCAAGCCUAUCAGUCCCCCGCCUGCUACUGUGCUGGGUAGAUCUGUGUCUUCUGCUGUUUCUACUGCUCCUAGCACUGCUGCUGGUGCAAGUAGUACUGUUGGAAUAGCCUCUAGUGUUGAUGCUGCUGCUGCUGCUGCUUCCAAACCUGCAGCUGCGGUUUCCAAACCUGCUACUCCUGUCCCCAAACCUGCCACUACGAUAUCCAAACCUGCCGCCUCGGUUGUGCCGACGCCUGCUGCUACUAAGCCUCUAGCUGCCGAGCCUGCCGUUGCUGGUGCGGCCAAGCCUCCAACAGCUGCUGGCGUGGGUGGUGGUGGCAAGGCCCCAACACCCCUGCCUACAUCUUCCCCUUUUUCCUCCCCUGCAGCAGCAGCAGCAGCCAAAUCACCCAGCCCUCCGACUACUACUGCCAAGCCUCCAACCACGCAGUCUGUGGGUGGCGGCAAGUUCCAAACGUCCCAGCCUGUUGCCUCUACCACUGCUGCUGCUGCCCACGCUUCUUCCCCUGCAGCAGCACCAGCAGCAGCAGCCAAAUCACCCAGCCCUCCAACUACUACUGCCAAGCCUCCAACCACGCAGUCUGUGGGUGGCGGCAAGCUCCAAACGUCCCAGCCUGUUGCCUCUACCACUGCUGCUGCUGCCCACGCUUCUUCCCCUGCAGCAGCACCAGCAGCAGCAGCAGCAGCAGCAGCAGCAGCAGCCAAAUCACCCGCCCCUCCGACUACUACUUCUGCCAAGGCCCCAACGCCCCCGCCUGUUACCUCUACCCCUGCAGCAGCAGCAGCAGCAAAAUCACCAACCCCUCCACCUACUUCUGCCCCUCCAAUUGCAAGUGCUUCUGCUGCUACCCUUGCUCCUGCCCCUACGCCUGCCCGUUUUUCUGCCCCUACUCCUGCCCGUGUUCUUGCCCCUGCUUUGGCUAUUGCUGGUGUCCAGGCAUCAACAGUCAAGGGGCCGCCGGGGAAACCGCAGCCUCCAGCUGUAGCAGGGAAGCUGCAGCCUUCAGCUGUAGCAGGGAAGCCGCAGCCUCCAGCUGUAGCAGGGAAGCCGCAGCCUCCAGCUGUAGCAGGGAAGCCGCAGCCUCCAGCUGUAGCAGGGAAUCCGCAGCCUCCAGCUGUAGCAAGGAAGCCGCAGCCUCCAGCUGUAGCAGGGAAGCCGCAGCCUCCAGCUGUAGCAGGGAAUCCGCAGCCUCCAGCUGUAGCAGGGAAGCCGCAGCCUUCAGCUGUAGCAGGGAAGCCGCAGCCUCCAGCUGUAGCAGGGAAUCCAGCAGGGCAAUCGACAGGGACGGCGAGUGGGAGGACUGCCCCAGCUGUAGCAGCCGCAGCAGCUGUAGCACCUGUGGCAGCAAGGACAAGCACACCGGCAGUAGCAGCCACAGCAGCUGCACCAGCUUUUGCGGCAAGGACAAUCACACCAACUACAGCCGCACAGACUGCUACAGACGCACAGGCUGCUACAGCCGCACCUAAGACCCAACCAAUGAAAGCAGCAGCAGCACCAGCAGCACUGCCAGCAGCAGCACCGGCAGCAGCAGGCAGAGUGCCCAAAGCAGCACUGUUGCAGGCUGCAGCUGCCAAGGCUGUAGCGCAAACAUCACCAGCCGCAGCUCCUGAGGCUGUAGCGCAAACAGCAGUGCAGCAGAAUGCAGGGGAAAAAUCACCGGCUGUAGCAGGAACUCCCACAGGCCCCACGCAGCAGACUGCAGGGGGAAAGGCACCGGCUGUAGCAGUGCCAGAAGCACUGAAGCCAGUGACUGUAUCGAAACCAGCACAAGCAGCAGUGACUAAGUCGAAGCAGCCACAGCCGCCCACAGCCAGCCAGCAAUCCAAAGCCACAGGCCCCCAGCAAAGCAGAGGCACGUUAACGCAGCAAGCCCCAGCAGGCACCCAGCAGGGCAGGGGCACAGGCACGUUAAUGCAGCAGCAGGCCCCUGCAGCAGCCAUGCAGCAAGGCAGGGGCACGCCAUCCCAGCAAGCCCCAGCAGGCACCCAGCAGGGCAGGAGCACGUUAUCCGAGCAAGGCAAAGCUACAGCGUCCCAGCCAAGCAGAGGCACAUUGACCCAGCAGGCUCCUGCAGCAGGCACCCAGCAAGGAAGGGGCACGUUAUUUGAACAAGGCAAAGCUACAGCAUCCCUGCACAGCAGGGGCACAUUGACCCAGCAGGUACCUACAGCAGGCACCCAGCAGGGCAGGGGCACGUUAUCGGAACAGAGCAAAGCCACAGCCCCCCUGCAAAACAGAGGCACAUUGUCCCAGCAAGCCCCAGCAGCACCCACCCAGCAAGGAAGGGGCACGUUAUCCGAGCAAGGCAAAGCCACAGCCCCCCUGCAAAGCAGAGGCACAUCAAUCCAGCAUGCCCCUGCAGCCACCAUUUCACAGCUGGUAGCUCAGAAGAAGCUGCUGCAGGCGCCCCUGGGCCGGGCUGCAUCUGGUGCGGGUGGUACUGCUGCCAGUAGUGGUGCGGUUGUUAUUGGUAUUGGUGCUGGUGCUGGUAAUAGUGGUGGUGGUGGUGGUGGUAUUGCUGCUGGCGGCGCUCCCUCUGGUGCUGCUGUUGCUGGUGGUGUGCUGCAAGUGUUGAGGCAAGUGCAGGCGCAGAAGCAACAGGAGGCGCAGCAGGCUAAGGUCAGGCAGCAGGGGGGUCAGCAGCUUCAGCCCCAGCAGCAGCAGCAACAGCAGCAGAAGCAGCAGCAGCAGCAACAGCAACAGCAACAACCACAGGUACAACAGCAGAGGCAGCAACAGCAACAGCAAGCACAACAACAACAGGGGCAGCUACAGCAACGGCAACAACAGCUGCAGCAACAGCAGGAGCAACAGAGGCAGCAGCAGCACGCACAGCAACAGCGGCAGCAGCAGCAGCAACAAGCACAACUGUUGCAGCAGCAGCAGCAACAGCAACAGCAACAGCAACAGCAACAGCAACAGCAACAGCAACAGCAACAGCAACAGCAACAGCAACAGCAACAGCAACAGCAACAGCAACAGCAACAGCAACAGCAACAGCAACAGCAACAGCAACAGCAGCAGCAACAGCAACAGCAGCAGCAGCAGCAGCAGCAGCAGCAGCAGCAGCAGCAAGCACAACAGCCGAAACCAGUGCAGCAGCAACAACAGCAGGCGCAGGGAGCACAGAGUUUAAAGCAGGCUGUUCGGGCGAAGAAGGGGCAGGACCCAGACAAACCCGCCAGGGGCAGGGGUAGGCCUCGAAAGCACCCUAUAAAGGAGAAUCCUAAAAAGGAGAACCUUGUAAAGGAGAACCUGGUAAAGGAGGACCCUGUAAGGGCAGCCACAGGGGGUGGUCUUGUGGGAGCAUUGGGAGCACAAGGGGUGAGGCAGGAGCAGCAGCAGCAAGAGCAGGGGGAGGGGGGGAAAGAGAACAGAGACGGAGGGAAGGAGAACGGGGAGGGAGGAGGAGGGACGGAUAGGAGGGAGGGAUGGAAGGAGGCACAAUUGGUGAAGCCGCAGCAGCAGCAGCAGCAGCAGCAGCAUCAGCAUCAGCAUCAGCAGCAGCAGCAGCAUCAGCAUCAGCAUCAGCAUCAGCAGCAGCAGCAGCUGCAGCAAGACGGGAGAGUCUCACAACGGAACGAGCAGCAGCAGGCAGGGGCAGGGAAGCCCAUACAGUCCUGGCCUGAGGAACUCCAGCUCAACCUCCCCCAGUUCCGCCUCCCGCCCCUCCCCUCAGGGUUGACCCUCCCCCCAGGCUUCCGCCUUCCCCCAGGGCUUUUCUUCCCCCCUGGUUCUUCUCCCGCCCCCCUUGGUGCUCCUUCCGCUCCCCCUGGUGCCCCUUCCCCUCCCCCUGGUCCUCCCCCCCCUCACCCUGGAACUGCUUCCGUUCCCCCUAGCACUCCCCCUCCUCCUUCCGCCCAAAACCCCUUCAGCCUACCUCUCGACGCGGGCACGGCUGCUACUGUGCAUCAAGCAGCGGUUACUGUAGCGGAUCAGAUCCCGAAGGAUUCGAUUCUGUGGGCGGCAGUGGCGGAGCAGAAAGUGGGCAUUCUGGAGAAGGCGCUGGAGGAGACCAAGGAGCGAGCUGUGGCCAUGAUGGAGCGACUCAGGCUGCAUGCCGAGGCAAAGGUAACAAGGGGGUGCAUAGCAGUAGAGGGCGUGCUCAUAGGGGGUGUGCUCAUAGGGGGUGUGCUCAUAGGGGGUGUGCUCAUACGGGGCGUGCUCAUACAGGAUGUGCUCAUAGAGGGUGUGCUCGUAGAGGGUGCGCUCAUAGAGGGUGUUCUCAUAGAGGGCGUGCUCAUAGAGGGUGUGCUCAUGGAGGGUGUUCUCAUAGAGGGUGUGCUCAUAGAGGAGCUACAGGCACCCUCUAUCCCCUUAAUCCGCUCUCUCUCCUGUACCUUUGCUCCCCUUGUCCCUCGGCCAGCACGAGAUGGAGCGACCGCUGGAGGAGGAGAGGAAGCGAGUGGAGGAGCCACAGACAUUCUCCCCUCAUCCUUGCUCUCUGACCUCACUCCCCUCACUCCCCUCACUCCCCUCACUCCCCUCACUCCCCUCACUCCCCUCACUCCCCUCACUCCCCGCACUCCCCUUUCUCCCUUCGCUUUUGCUCCCCUUGCCUCUCUACCAGCACAGGGAGAUGGAGCGGCAGGUGGAGGAGGAGAGGAAGCGAGUGGAGGAGCCACCGCCACUCUCUAUUCCCUCAUUACUCUCUCUCCCGUUCCUUUGCCCCCUUUGUCUCGAUGCCAGCACAAGGAGAUGGAGCGGCAGGUGGAGGAGGAGAGGCAGCGGGUGGAGGAGCUACAGGCGCGGCUCAAAGCAGCUGAGGCCAGGCGAAAUGGCAGAGCUGUCCCUUCCGCACCUCCCCCUGUACCGCCCUUCAAUGCUUCUCAUGCCGCACCUGCAGCUGCUGCCACACCUGUAAGCCCGAGCCAGGGCCCGUUGAAGGGUUUUCCUUCCACGUCCAGCCUAAGUGCGGGCGAUGGCGCUGUUGCUGGUGGUGGUGGUGCUUCUGCUGCUGGCGCUGGUGGUGGUGGUGGUGCUGCUGCUGGUUCUGCUGCUGGUCUGGCGCUUCGUUUGCCUCCAGGCUACACCCUCACUGCAUCGCGCUCGUUCACACACACCACAGCAGCACUGGGCGCCAACAUCCUUCCAGCAGGGUAUGAUCACCCUUCCAGCGCCCCAGGGGAGCAAGCACAAGCAGCCCUGGUAGCAGCAGCAGGAGGAUCAGCAGGAGCAGGAGGAGCAGGAGGAGCAGCAGCAGGAGGAGCAGCAGGUGGAGCAGCAGGAGGAGCGGCAACUGGUAAUCUCCUGCACACCCCUCCCCUGCGCUCCCUUAGCUCUGGCCUCCUGGGAGUAAGCCUUGGGCUCACCAGCCCAAAGGUUGGGGGCAGGGGACGGGAGGUGGUGGGAGGGGAGGGGUCGGGAGCACCAGGAGGAGGAGCAGGAGGAGCAGGGGGAGGGGUUGGCGGUGCUGGUGGUGCUGGCGAAACGCCUCCUGUUACCCCCCUCCUGGGUCCGUCUGGUGGGAGGGACGGGAUGGGAGGGCUCGGAGGAGGGGGAGUGAGGGCGAUUUCCCUCUCUCCUGCAGUGGGCUUUGGCCUUCAUCACCUGCUGUCUCCUCGAUGCACUCCAGAUACCGCUGCCGCUGCUGCUGCUGCUGCCGCUGCUGCUGCUGCUGCCGCUGCUGCUGGUGCUGGUGCUGGUGCUGGUGCUGGUGCUGGUGCUGGUGCUGCUGGUAGCGCAGCUGGUGCGGCAGCAGGAGGGGGUGGGGUUGGGUCCCACCCACCAGGGGAGGAGGGGGUGGUGGAAGUGGCAGUGGGAGCAUUAGACCCCUCCCUGGUCGGUCCCUUGGCGUUAGGAAGGUUCUUUACCACCAACUACAGCGUUCCUCUGCCCAGCGUGACUAUACCCGCACCGAGCUUUCCUGUACCGAGUGUGCCGGUAGCAAGUGUGCCUGUAGCGGGCGUGAGUGUACCGAGUGUGGCUGCUCCUAGUGCUGCUGCCCCGAUUGCUGCUCCACUAGGUGCUGCUCCUCCUCCUCCUGCCUUGCAACCUGGCCCCCAUAUUUCCACCACUGAAACCACACCCCCAGGUGCAUCUGCUGCUCCUCCUAGUGCUACCCCAAGUGCUCCUCCUCUCGCCACCCCCCCUGCCCCCCCCCAUAUUGCCACCACCACUGAAAGCACGCCCCCAGCUGCUUCUUCUGCUGCUCGUCCCGCUGCUGCCCCUGCGCCUGCCAUUCCUCCCCCUGCCGCUUCUGCUUCUGCUUCACCCACUCCUUUCCCUCUAGAGGAAAGGCACGACCCAGGGGUAGGGGCAAGCCUUGCAAGCAGCAGCAAGGGCAAGGGCGGGGAAAAGGGCUUGUAUCAGAUGGAUCAGGUGCCUGCAAGCAUUGGAAGGGAUGGGGAGAGCGUGAAAGACGGGCAGGAGAAGGAGAAGGGGGCUCAAGGGGCGGCAGAUGGGGCGACAAUUCGUGCAAGGGAGGGGAGUUUCUGGGCGCUGCUUUCUCGCCCUGCUGCUGGUGCUGCUGCUGGUGCUGCUGGUGGCGGUGGUGUUGCUGGUGCUGGUGCUGGGGCUGGUAUUGGUACUGGCAGUGGUGUUGCUGGUGCUGGUGCUGGGGCUGGUAUUGGUACUGGCAGUGGUGUUGCUGGUGUUGGUGCUGCUGUUGGGGCUGGUGUUGGUGCUUCUGCGCCUUCUCCUCUUCCACUACCCGCUACAAGUGGCCCAGUUGACGCUGCUGCUGAUGCAAAAGGUGCAAGUGGCUCUCUUCCUCUUCCGCUGACUGUUCUUUCCCCAACCGCAUCUGCCACUGCGGCUGCUGCUGCUGCUGCUGCAGGUGCUGCUGCUGCUUCCCAUGGUCCUUCAGCCACGGCCUCAGUGCCUGUAGCACCAGCAGUAGCUAGAGCACCAGCAGCAGCACCUGCAGCUAGACCUGCAGAAGCAGCAGCGCCGCCCGCACAAGCAGCAGCAGCAGCAGCAGCAGCAGCAGCUACUGCAGCCAUUGCAGGGAGGAAACUGGCAAAGCAGGGCUCUGCUAAGGAGAAAGGGAUCGAGUUGAAGGGAGCAAAAGGGCUGCCAGGGAAGGCAAAAGCUGCAGGGAGCGUUGCAGGAAAGAGCAAGGGUGAGGAGGAGGCAAAGGGAGGAGCAGUCAAGAAAGUGGCUAGAGCAGCAAAGGGGGAAAAGAAGGGGGAGAAGACCCCGAAGGGAGAGAAGAAGGCUGUUAAGGCUCCGAAGGAGGUUAAGGGAAAGGCUGGUGGUGCUGCUGCUGGUGCUGCUGCUGGUGGUGUUGCUAACGUUGGUGCGGAGGAUCCUAGUGUUGGUGUUGCUGGUGCCGUGACUGCAGCAGGGACUGCUGGGGGUACUGCCACUCCUGCUAUUCCUCCUUCUGCUGCUGCUGCUGCUGCUGCUGCUGCUGCUGCUGCUGCUGCUGCUGCUGGCAGUGCCCCCACAGCAGCAGCAGCUGGCGUGUUGGGAGAAAAGGAAGACAACGACUCAGAACACACCGAGACAGCAGAGAAAGGGGGGGAGGGCGGGGAGGAGCGAGGGGAGGAGGUGGUCAGUGGGAGGGUUGCAGAAGCAGCAGCAGCUGGGGCUGGGGCUGCUGACGCUCGAAUGGCUGGUGAGUCUGCUGCUGCUGCUCCUGCAGGAGCAGCGGCUGGAGCAUCAGGGUCAGGUAAGGAGAAAAGCAAAGCGGGAAAAAGAGGGAGCUUAGGCUUGGGAGACAAGGGCAGCCUGGGGAAAGGGAAAGCAGGCUCGGGCAAAGCAGGCUCGGGGAAAGCUGCUGGUGGUGCUGCUCCUGCUUCUGCUGGUGACGGUGCUGCUGCUGCUGCUGCUGCUCCAGCUGCUGCUGCUGCUGCUGCUGCUCCAGCUGGUGCUGCUGCUGGUGCUGCCAAGGGGGUUAUGAAAAGAGCAAAACCGGCGGGGCAGGAGGGGGCAAGAGCAGUGGAAAGUGCAGGGGAGGGUGAGCAGGAGGGGGGGGCGGAGGGGAAGAAGGAAAAAGUGGCGACUAAGAGAAAGGCUGCCGGUUUGGAUGAUGGAGGAGUUAAGAGGAAAAAGGCUAAGGUGGCAGAGGGGGAAGAGGGGGGAAGUGGGAAGGGGGGAGAGCUGGAUGGGGGGGCCACGCUGGUGAAAGAGAAACUGAAGAAGCAGGGGAAAGCGACAGUCGGAAAAGGGGGGAGCAAGGGAUUGCUGCAAGAGUCGGGAGAGGCUCCGGGCAGGCCGAAAAAGGAGCAGAAGCAAAACGAAGAGUCAGGAGAGGCGUCCAGCAGGCCAAAGAAGAAGGAGCCGAGGGCAAGAAAGGCUGGUGGGGCCAGAGCAGGGGCAGGUGUUGCAGACAUAAUGGGGAUUAACGGGGGAGAGGUUACAGCUGGUACUGAAGCAGCUAACAAAGGGGACAAGGAAGGUGCAGCAGGGGCAGAGGGGAAUGGGCUGCUAGGAGUAGGGGAGGCGCAAUUAGGGGAGGCUCGUGGGGCAGCGUCCAGUCUGGAGCUGCUUCUUCUAGGAGUAGACGCCGUUAGCAGGCAGGAGAUGGAAGAGAAGAAUUCCGAGAAGUCUCUAAAGUCACAAACGUCUCUGAAGCUAGCCGCCGCCAGAAAAGGGCAGGCAGAGGAGGGGGGGGAUCCGGAGUUGGCUCAAAAAAUACCCGAGGGGGAGGGGGAGGGGAAGGAGGAGGAUCCAGAGUUGACUCUUAUAAUACCCGAGGGGAAGAAGGAGGGGGGGGAGGUUCCGAAGUUGGCUGAAAGAAUACCUGAGGAGGAAGGGGAGGAGAAGGAGGAGGAGAAGGAAAAGGAGAAGGGGAGGCAGAGGAAGCAGGCAGUGAAGAGAAAGAGAAUUGAUCUGGUGGAAAAUGUAAUGGAGAGGACGUCGGUUAGUGAGGAAACAGCACCAGCAGCGGGGGCAGGAGGAGCAGCAGCAGCAGCAGCAGCAGCAGCAGCAGCAGCAGCAGCAGCAGCAGGGGCAGGAGCAGGGGCUGCAACGGUGGUGUCUCCUAGUGGAGGGGGGAGAGGAGGGAAGGGAGGGAAGAUAAGAAUAGGAGCGAAAAGGGAGAAGAAGUUGGGAGGAGGAGCAGUGGCAGGAGGGAAGGGGAAACUUGGAGCAGCCACUGGGUUGGAGCGGAAGGAGAGUGAAGGUAAAGCUCAAGUCGAAAAGAAGGGUGUGAAGAAGGGAGGGCAAGAGGGAGAGAAGGAGGGAGGGAAGGAGGGACUGCAAAGGAAGAGCCCUCUUGUAAGCCCGAGAAUUGACACCGAGCCUAAGGGGAGUGUAAGGAAAACCGCUCCUCCUGCUGCUGCUGCUGCUGCUGCUCCUGCUGCUACUUCUGCUGAUGGUGAUGGGAAUGGUGCCAGUAGUCUUGGCAAGGGAGGUAAGAAUAUUGCCCAGAUAUUAAACAGGGCUUUGCUCUUGGCGCGAGAUGAGCGCGAGAGGGAGAAGAAAGGCAGAGAGCAGCAGAAGCAGCAGCAGCAGCAGAAACAGCAGCAGCAGCAGAAGCAGCAGCAGCAGCAAGGGGAAGCUCGGGCAGAUGAGAGGAGCGAAGUGGAGCAAGAAGACGAUGAGGAGAACUUGGGUCAAGAGGGCAGAGGGGACGGAAGAGGGGGCGGAAAGAAGGUCAAGGGGAAAGGCAGUGUUGCAGCCACUGCAGAUGGCCUGGGUAGAGCAGCAGGGAGGCAAGAGGGCAAAGGAACAACAGUGGGGGGGCAAAGACCCAGCACCAGUGUCGCUCCCAAAGGCCCGACGUCUAGUCUCGGUGGUCGGGGGUUGGUUCUCAAAGCUCCUAGGCCUUCAGGCGGGGGUCGUGGGGUCGCCAUUAGAAGGUUAGGGCCAGGAGGUCGGUGGUCUGGGAGAUGGAACGCGCGUGCUAUCAUUGCAGGGCGAUCGGGGGGCGGCGUGAGGGACGCAGAUAGGGAGGAGGAGCAGACGGAUAGGGAAGAGUACUCGGAUAAGGAGGAGGUCUUGGAUAAGGAGGGGGGGGAGCCUGCAGUGCUGGCAAGGGCUGGAGGAAAAGCAGUGGCAGGAAUGAGCGACAGGGAAAGGGAGGAUGGGGAGGGCGAGAGGGGGGAUGGAAAGGGAAAAGAGGAGGUGGAGGGGAGAGAGGAGCGGGAGGGGGCGGAGGGGGACGAGGGGGAUGGGGAUGGGGAAUGGGAGGAGGCAGUGGUGGUGUUGGAUGAGGAGGAGGAGGAAGAGGAGGAGGGGAGUGAGAGAGAGGAGAGUGAGAGAGAUGAGAGUGAGAGACAGGUGGUGGGAAGAGGGAAGAAGAGGAAGGCAGUCGAGGGUAAGCAGAGGGGAGGAAGAGGAGCAGUGAAAGGAACGACGACCAGGGCACGAGGGAGAGCAGGAGGGCGAGUAGGGGGGCGUGCGGGUGGGAAGAGAGCAGAGGGGAAGGUGGGAAGGGAGGCAAAGAGGAGGAAAAUGGAGGAGGAGGAAGAGGAGGAGGGAGGGGAAGGGGAGGAGGUGGGUGAUGGCAAGGAAAUAAAGAAGGUGGGCAAGCAAGGCAAGGGGAAGAAGAAAAAGGGGAGUGGCGGGCGGGGUGAGAGGAGAGGCGGCAGCGUGAGACAGAAGCGGAAACAAGCAGCAACAGCAGCAGAGGAAGAAGAAAUUGACGCGGUUCCUAUCUCGAGGCCAAGUGACAAUGCUGCUGACGACGAUGAUGAUGAUUUGGAGCUAAGGGAGUUGGGCCGAGCGAAAGCAAGCGGCGCGGAGGGCGGUAAAGCAACUGACGAGGACGACUCGGAUGAUUUUGAGCGGAGGGAGCUGGGCAGAGGCGCGGUAGGGGUGGGGGUGGGGGCAGGAGAAGGGGACCUAGGCUUGCACUGGGAGGGGGCGCACUCUUCGGCUGGUGCUGCUGGUGGGGGGGGUGGAGGGGAGAUUGCAGCAGGUAAGAGGGAGGGGGGGACAAGAGGAGCUGGACGCAGGAAGACAAAACCACCGAGCGCGCUGGAUACAACAGCAGCUGCUGCUGCUGGUGAUGCUGCUAAGAGAAAGGAGGGGGCUCCAGAGGCCAAGACGCCAACACGGCACAGCAAGAGACUUGGAGUUCGACAGGAGGGGGCUCCAGAGGCCAAGACGCCAACACGGCACAGCAAGAGACUUGGAGUUCGACAGUCAAUUGGCAAGCGGUGGUACGACGACUAAAGCCUUCUGUGGUGUAGCGGUCCUAUCCUAAGCUUGGUGGUUCUAAUUUCUUACCAUAGCUCGUGGGAAAAGGGACAUGGUUUGUUUCCUCUUGGGAUCACUUUAAAGCCAAAACAAAUGGCCAUGGCUUAAUGAAAUAGUUGGCCCCAUCUUGAUCAUUGUGUGUGUCUGUGGAUAAUAAUGGCAUUGUAUCAAGCUUUUUAAUGAUCU